UCGCAAUCAUGGCGGGCAUUGAAAAUUUUAGACCACCUGAUUUAAACAAUAUUUUGGAAGAACAUGAAUUAAAUCAGUUGUCUGGUGGUGUGAAAGAGAAAAUUCAACGUGCUUUUACAUCUAGAACGUCACAGUAUGAGGAACUGAAGGUCAAAUACGAACGUCUUUCCGUUACCUCAGAACAAAGACAGUUAGAAGUUGAGAGUCAGCUGGCAGAGAUCCAGGGAAACCUAGAAAAGCUAGCUGCAGAAAAUGCCCAGUUAAAGACAGAGUUGGCCGACACAGUUGAAAAGUUAACAACAGCAACAGAAAAAUUGAAGUCAACUCAGGAAGAAGAAAACUCUUCGCUCUCUACACAGCUCCGUUUGACAAAAGCAAAUGAAACCCUUGAAUCAGAAAAAAGGGAUCUGACAGUUUUACUGGAAAAGAGGAGUAAAGAGAUAGAGAGACUAAAUGAGGAGUGGAGUAGUUUGUCUGAUAAGUUAGCUCAGGCCAACAGAGAGAAGACGGAAGCUCAGGCCCAGACUGCUGAAUUCCAGAGUCAGGUUGUCACAUCACAGUUUACACAGAAGAGACUGGAGGAAGAGAAGGAAGCUCUACAGAGACAGAUUGAUUUGUUAAACAAGGACUUGUCAGAGAAAACCCAGCAGUUAUUUAAUGUCAGGAAGGAACAGUCUGCAAGGAAUUUGGACCUACAAAGUCGCUUAGAAGAACAGACAGAUGAAAAUCAACAUCUGCAGAACACGCUAGAAACACUGAGAAAGACCAAUGCAGAACAAGUCAAGAAGAUUGAACAAUACAUAGAAAAACUACAAGAUGCCCAUAACAAUCAGGUUCAGGCAGAUGAACAAUUCAGACAGGAACUGGAGGCCAAUCAGAAAUUGUCUGAUCUCUACAAGGGUCAGGCCACGGACCUGGAGGAGAAGUGUAAGGAGUUGAUGGGGGCUGUGGACGAGCUGAGAAAGUUACUGAAGGACGCCUCGAUCUCCUACACUGAGCUACAGAGGCAGCACCAGACAGACGUAGAACAACUCAAUGUGGAACUCACAGAUAGAGAAAAUCAAAUACAGAAUUUGAGAAAGGAGUUGGAGAAUGCUAAUGAACUUAUUGAGGAAAUAAAAAAGAAAGCUGCCACCAGUGAACAUGUGGAGACCCUCUUCCCUAACGCAGCAGCUACGAGUAAAUUGGUAAACUCAGGAAUGUCCCUAACACAGAUCUAUAAUGAGUACAUGCAGGCCUCUGAAAAUCUCUACUUGGAGAAGGAGGAAACCAAACGACUUAACAGCUACAUUGACACAAUUCUCCAGGAGAUAGAGGAGAAGGCUCCUAUGAUCCGUAAACAGCGGGAGGACUAUGAGCAGACUCUGGAGACAGUAGAGCAGAUGAACAAACAACUUGACGCCGCUUUACUGGAGAGUCAGAACAUGAGGAUCGAGGCAGACGAGGCCAACAGGAAAUACAACUACAUGAAACGGGAAAAUCAGAAAUUACAACAGCAGACUGAGGACCUGUCAAAACAGGUGCAGUUUCUCGUGAAGGAGAUAGAGGAAGUGAAGGGUAGGAGAAUCCUACAGGAGGAUGACAUUUCUUGUGUUGACAUCUCCAGUACCACCUCAUCAGAAGUCAUCUCAGGUCAUCUGGUUACAUUCAGAAACAUUGAAGACUUACAGCGACAGAACCAGAGAUUAUUGGGGGUGGUCCGAGAUCUCAGUGAGAAGAGAGAUGAGGAGGAGAGUCUCGCCGCAGAGGAAAAAACUAAGGAUCUGAAGGAUCAGCUGGAGAGAGCCCUCAGUGAGAUGCAGGAACUCAAGUCAGCCAGGGACAGACAAGCUACCAUGGUGGAGUCCAUAGUGAGACAGAGAGACUACUACCGGGUUCUGUUACAACAAAAAGAAGAUGGUCAGGUGCUGGAAACGACAUCAACAGCAGCUGUUACCCCCUUAAAGAGCCCCAUGUUGAGAAGUCCCCUGAAGAGCCCCGCCCACGUCCCUGACAAGGCCCUGGAGGAGGUCAAGUCUGCCUUCAAACAAUGUCAGGAGGAGUUUGAUCGACACAAAACGGAAAUGAAGGAACAAGUCAGAAUGCUGAAUGAAGAGUUGAGAGAAAAAGAAUCCAAAAUUUCAGAAAUGUUGAGGCAAAACAUGAAGUUAUCAUCACAGCUGGAGUAUGGAGCAGAGAGAAAUAAAAUUCUACAAGGGAAUGCUGAAGGUUACAAGAAAGAGCUGGCCUCUCUUGGUGAAAAGGAGAAAAAGUUAUUUUCCUCUGUGGCUAAACAUGAACAGACUAUCAACACACUUAGACAGGACUUGCUGUCGACUCAAGAGAAGCUGUCUAGAGCCGAGGCCCAGUGUCAUCAUCUGAGGACCGAGAAGGAACUGUUAAGGAGCGCGGAGCAAAGACUUCUACUGGACAUCGACAACUUACGGAGAGAGAAGACCUCACAGAGCAUGCUUAUGGCUAACUUACAGUCUAUACAAAAUACUUUAGAACACUCAGAGAGAGAAGUGAAGACUAGAUAUACGAAUCAGAUAGAGAAGUUAGAGAUGGAACUGAACUCAGCCAGGAGGAAUCUGAAGGCGACGCAGGACGAACACCGGGCCGUGGUGGAGCUCUGGGAGAAUCAAACAAAACAACUUCGUCAGCAAUUAGAAGGGGAGAUAAAAAAUCACGAAAAUGUCAGAAAAAUUCUACAGGACACUCGCAGACAGCUGGAAGAAGCCAAAGCACAGUUAAAAACUACUGAAGCUAAUCUUGCUGAGGCCCAGAGAAGAUCAGAAAGUAACACGGUCAGAACAGAUGGACUGAGGACUACUCCGGCAACCACCCCUGUAAGAACCCCCACUGCAAACACGGACGAAGUGAAGACACUGAAGUAUCAAGUAUCAGAGGCCAAGAGGGAGGUUCAAAAUCUGAAGGAACAAAUAGAGAGGGGUAAACAGCAUGUGACUGAGUACAAAAGUAUUGCUGACAACUUACAAAAGGCCCUCACAGAGCAAACAGAGUGUACCAAUCAGAUGGAGGAACAGCUGAGGAGGGAGAAGGAAGAGAAGCAGGCUGGACUAGAGAGACUAAAGGUCAUGGAGAGAGAAUCUCAAAAGCAGACAGAGGAAAUGAUGAAGGGGCUAGACGAGCAGCAUAAACUGAAUAGUGAUCUGAAGAAGCAGUUGACCAAACUCCAGAUGGAACUAGAGGAGGCAGUGUCCACCCGAGACUCGGCCCAGGCCCGGGAGUCAGCCAGUCGGGAGGAGUGUAAUCAGCAGGUCCAGAUGGCCAGUGAGGCCAAGGACAAAUACCAAAGAGAGCUGAUGCUUCAUGCUGCAGAUGUGGAGGCACUGGCCGCUGUCAAGAAGCAGCUUGAAGAUUUCAAUUCUAAGUUGGCAACUGAACAAGAAAUCAGAAUAAAAGCAGAAAAAGACUUGGAAGAAGGAAAGACCUCGUGGUUGGAGCAGGAGAGGAUCCUGAAGGAGGAGUGUGAGAGGCUGGAGAAGAGGAGUGAAGAACUCUCCAGCCAGAACGACAUCCUACACCAACAGAUGGAGAAGAUGAGCAGUGACGUAUUGUCCAUACAGAAAGCGGUCACUCGGUCCGGAUCACCUCAGAAACUGGCCGACCUAUCGUUUGAUGAGGACACAGCUCGGUCCACGGAACAACUGCAGGAAGUCAUCAGAUUCUUACGGAAAGAGAAAGAGAUUGCCCAAUCCAAGUUAGAGAUAGUUAAGACUGAGUGUAAUAACGUCAAGUAUAGGUACGAGACACAAAAGAAGGAACUGGAGGACGUGAGAAAGGCACUCACAGAGCAACAGAUAAAAGCACAGGCCAAUGUCCAGACGGCCUCCCAGCAUGCUGAUCUGAUGAGGAAAGUGGAGAACUUGAACAUUCUGACAGACAGUAACAAACUUCUGAGGGAGGAUAAAAACCGCCUGGAGCAGCUCGUGCAGGAGCUCGAGGCUAAGGUAAAGCUUCUACAUGUAAACCCCCUACAAGCCUCCAUCCGGGACCUGACAGCUGAAAAGGAGGCUCUGAUGAUCGAGAAUACUCUGAAGAGCGAGGUGGACCGCUGGAAGAGUCGGGCUAAUCACCUGAUAGAGCAGGCCAACAGGACAGAUCCAGAUGAGCACAGGAAGAUUCUCCUAGAAAGAGAUGCUUUGAAAUUAAGAGUGAAACAACUUAUAGAUGAAUCUAGCAGAUGCAGGAAAUCACUACAAGACAUAACAAACAAAACAGGAACUUACAGGAUUGCCAAUCUAAAGGGUAUCUGCUGGGUCAUAAAGGCCAAUCUACAAAAAGAACUCAGUCAAUCACAAACUAUUGCCAGCUCAAAAGAAAAGGAGAUUUUCCAGAGUAGAAAUAUUUUGGCUGAAAAAGAAAAUGAAAUUACCCAGACUAGAAACAAAGUAUCUGAACUUGAAGGGGAGAUUCAAGGAUUCAAAGCCCAAAUUGAAGAGAAGGUGAAAGACAUUGAGGAAAAAACUAAAACCAUCAACCAGCUGAGGAAAAUCGGGCGGAAAUACAAGGAGCAGGCAGAAUCCCUAACCAAAGAGAUAGAGGAACUUAAAGCUAAGACAGCAGCGGAACAGGCAAGCCAGCCCGCCAAGGAGGAAACCACUCCAGGUCAGGUAGAGGCCGACCAGCAGGUGGCGUCCCUCAGGGAUCAGCUAACUCAGGCUGAACAGGAAAGGGAGGAGCUUAAACAGAAACUGGAGGUACAGAGCGGGGAGUACGGGGGAACAAGGAUGCAGCUCAGCCAGGCGCAACAGGAGAUUGGACAAUUAAAAGCAGAGAUAGAACAAUUAAAGAAGAAGACUGAAGAAUAUGAACAGAAACAAAAUCAGUCUAAGAAUGUUCUUCAAGCCGUGAAAAAGAAGCUAAAUUCUCAGAACGAGGAAAUCGGGAAACUGAUGGCAGAGAAUACGGAACUGAAACAGAGGGUCUCCGCAGAACCACCAAGUGGGGCUACAGAGGAGGCGGAGUCAAGAAUGGCUGCCAUGAAAUCGACGUAUGAAAACAGAAUCAGCACGUUAACAAAGGAAGUGGCUGACAAUUCCCAGCAGGUUAGAACAUCAGCCGCUGAGAUAGCGGACAAAAAUAAACAGCUGGAACAGUUAAUGGCCGAGAAGGCAGAGCUCCAAGAUAAGAUUGCAGCCAUGCAGAAACAGAUUGAUGCCCAGCCUAAGCCAGUGGCCCCACAACCCCAGGCGACUCGUCAGGCAGCCACAGCAACAGUGGAAAGGGCAAGGCCUGUAGACAGGUCAAGUGUAUCUGUGGCAGAGUCCCCCAAAACAGCUAACAUCAAACCCAUGUCCACGUCCCCAGCGGCAGUACGGCCUCAAGCCCCUACCUCCCAGUCUCAGACGGCAGGGUCAAGGGUCAUAGCUAACAUUCGCCCAAUGGCUAUUGCCCCUACCAGUAUAUCACCUUUAGCUGUCAGUGUGCCUACACCUACAGCGACAGUAAUGCCCACCACAGUGUCUCAGCACGAAGUCUCUGAUAAUGAGGUGACCCAGGCUCAGUUGUCCCCAGUGAUGACCUCACGCCCGACUCAGCAGGUCCAGAGGGUCACACCUCAGGUAGAGGCCUCGGCAGAUUCAUCAACAUCCUCUGGUGGAGUAAUCAUUCAAGAAGUUCCAAGCAUUCAAGAACAAACAGUGACACAGUCGGAGGUAGAAGUUUCCUCGGCAGCAUCAACAGCUGCCAGUGAUAAUAGUGAGAACCAAUCAACAUCAGCGCCUAGGGAAGCAGCGCCAUCUACUUCCUCUUCCACUGUGACAAGGGAGGUCACUCCUACAACAACUAUGGCACCAGGAGCCAGGGAUACCACCAGUGUGGCUUCUGUCAGGGAGGGGCAGUCUCUAGGGAAAAGAUCAAGAGAAGAGGCUGAAGGUCAAGGAGAUGAAACAGAACCAAAGAGAACCAAGGUGUCAACAGCUCAGGGCUCACCGAUUCCAGCCAUAACAGUCACAGAUGAACAUGCCAAUACACAGACAGUUACAGAGGAAGAACCAGUUCUGGAACUAGGACAAGAAGUCACUGAAUUUCAAACCCCACAACUCUCGACCCAGGAAUCUGAGAUAUCCCUGGGACCGGCCGAGUCUACAGACGACUUGGUGGAAGAUUUGUCGUCAGAACCUGCCAUGCUCUCAGACUCACAAGGACAGCAGAAUGUUGAGGAAAUUCAGGAAGAAGAAGCCCCUGAGGAGGAGGAUGAAGGAGAUGAAGCCAUCAUUAUUCUGGAGAGUGAUGAUGAGGAAGAUGAGAAUGAAGGCAUUGAAGAUGAUGAGGAAGAUGAAGAUAUAGAAGAGGGGGAGGAAGAAGAAGAUAUUGAAGAAGUUGAGGAGGAUUAUGGUGAGGAUGAGGAGAUGGAGGGGGAGUACACGGCGUCCCAGCUGGAGGAGAUCCAGGCCCAGACAGAGGAGGAAGAUGAGGAUGUCAUCCAGCUGGAUGAUGAUUCCAAUGAGAGACCUAUGGAGGCCCAGGAGGAAGAAGUCCCCCAGACGACUCAGUCUGCCCCCACUACCACCCCGACCGUCCUGUUUGGGCAGAGAGCCCCCUUCACCAUGGAGAGACAAACAUCCAUGAACAGACAACUGGCUCCUUUUAUUCUGGGGGGUCAGACUGGCACAUUUGAGGAAGGAGAGGAUGGAAUUGUCCCCAGUACCCCUACACUGUUUGUCCCAAACAGAGGAGAUGGCUAUGCAGAAGUAGUCAGCUCCCCCAGAAUUUCUAAUCAAAGGUUUACAUUUGGAGCACUCAGUGAGUCUUCUUUAGCUCAACCAGAACUGGGAGAGCUGGCUUCCCAAGGAGCUCUGGGAGGUAUGGAGAGUACCAGUAUGGACCUAUCUGAGUUAGAUGAGGGGACAGGACGCAGCGUACCCAGCACCCCCCUUAGGACAACAGCACCGGUCCCAGUCAUCAGUGAAGCAGCGAUUGCGUCCGCCCUCAACCCCCAGGCCACCGCCACAAGCUCAGCAGGGGAGACAACCCAGCCCGAGACUGAAGAAACUCAGGAGGAAGUCGAUGUAGAGGAGGGGUCAGGAGAGCAAACAGAACCUGAAUUAUCAUCAGAAGUGACAGAGACAACGGAAGGAGAGGUCACGACAUCAGCUGGUGAACCAGCUGGGGACACUACAGAACAAGAAAAAGAAGGUGCUGGUGCACUAAAAGAAGAGGAACCCAGCACUUCACAGGAAAAGACAGAAGUGAUAGAAAAGCCAAAGAUCCAGCCCAUCGUGUGGGAGGGAUCUCCCUCAUCCUCCGGCCAGCAGACAAGGGGUCGCCCCAUCAGUACCAGAGGGACCCCACAGAGGGGCCAGCUACAGAGUCGGGGCAAUCGUGGGGGCAUGUUCCAGAGGGGGCGAGGUGCAAUACAGAGAGCAAGGGGGACUGGCAGGGGUGCCCGGGGAGGGGUGUACAGGUCACCUAACAUGUUCUGAUCAGGAGGCCCAGCACGGGGAAAUCUGAUGAUUGGAGACAAUAAGACUGAGAGACAGGCUGUUACUGUAAUCAUGUUAAGAUACAUGUAAUCAUAUGUGUUCUUUGUUUUGGAAGAAGUUAAUUUCAUUUACCAACAUCAAGCAAAAUCUGAUCGAGGAAAAUGUGUUAAAGUUUCCAGAGACACACUGGUCACAGAUUGUGAUUUUCAAGCAUUAAUCAUGUCGUUUGUUAAUCUGUUGUUUGUGUGACUGCACUAUAAAAGAUUGCCUGAGCUGACUUGAUACAUGUAGAUCAAGAAAAAUCAUUGUCAAAGACUGUAUCAGGUUCAUAGACAUGUAUGAGUGGAAAUUAUUAUAAAAGUGCUACAUUAAAUAAAUCAUUAUUAUCCACAUGAAAAUAUUUUUGUGUUUAGUGAUGUUUGCAGUCUUAAGACAGAGAGUAUAUUGUGAAAAAUAAAAUAAAUGUCAAACUUC